CGCAGCUAUCAGAUAAUUUUGUAUGAAAUUUUUAUUAACUAUUUGUAAGAUUGCGGAAUACAUAUGUAUUUACAAUGAGUAAUAUUAACCGGAAACUUCGUAACCUCUACAUAGCGAAAUGGGCACAAACAAAUUUUGCCGAUUAUCAAGUUUCGGAAACAAUUAAUUUUCUUCCUGAAGCUCAAAAAUUCUCAUUUAAGAAUUUGACUGAAGAAAAACCGAGUAGUCUCGAAGUCUGCAAUAAUAGGAACGAAGAAGGAAAGAAAAUUAGUAUAAAAUUAUAUGAACGAACAGACGUUGUACGUUUUAGACUUGUAAAGGGGUAUUCAAGAAAUGAUAGGGGGAAGGAAUUAAACAUCAAAAUAGUACCGUGCAUUGUGAGCGAAAAACCGUCUAGUUUCGAAAACUAUGACUCCACAGAACAACGGGAAAACAUAAUAAGUGAAAAUGAAUAUAAAGAAACCAUGGAACUUGGUGAGGCCACUGAACUCGAUAGCCAAGACGCAAAUAUUUCUGAAUACUCAGGUAACACUGUACUCGAGGAAGAAACGGACCAGCAAGAUAUCCCAGAACACCAAAAUAAAACUGAAAUAUUAUUUGCAAAUUUAUUGAAAUAUGUGUUUUGUGUAAUCUACAAAGUAAUCAUGGCAUGGUCUUUCCAACGUGGCUUUUUAGUAGUGUUCUUUCCAACUCUAAUAAUAUCUUUAAUAGAUCGGUACUGUAUAUAUUAGUAUGUAAUGUUGAAAUAAAUAAACUAAUUACUUGUAUUAAUUUAAACAUA